ACCGCCCUUGAUUCUUGCCACGAAUCGUAUAUAACCGUCUAUUACAUUCCUCCCUCUUCCUCUCUCUCUCUCUUUCUCUCUCACGAAACUCCUGUGCAAAAGUUUGUUUCUCUUUGAAGAUAUUGAUCUCGGUUGUUACUUUAAGCAAAUACCUCAUGACGAUAAGAACAGUGAAAGUCAGCAAUGUCUCCUUAGGUGCAUCUGAGCGAGAUAUAAAGGAGUUCUUUUCAUUUUCUGGCAAAAUUGAAUAUGUUGAAAUGCAAAGUGAGGAUGAGAGGUCUCAAGUUGCAAAUGUCACCUUCAAGGAUUCCCAAGGGGCAGACACUGCUGUUCUUCUUUCGGGGGCAACAAUUGUUGAUCAGCCUGUUACCAUUGCUCUGGCUCCAGAGUAUGAGUUACCAGCAGCUGCUGCUUCCGCACUACCAACUGAAACGGAGGACAAAGUUGCAGGUGGUUCUGAGUCUGCUAUUCGAAAGGCAGAGGAUGUUGUCAGCAGCAUGCUAGCCAAGGGCUUCAAUUUGGGCAAGGAUGCAGUUAACAAAGCAAAGACCUUUGAUGAGAAGCACCAGUUCACUUCAACUGCCACGGCCAAAGUUGCUUCCCUGGACCAAAAGAUUGGUCUCAGCGAGAAAGUUAGUGCCGGUACGGUACUGGUGACUGACAAAGUGAGGGAAAUGGAUGAGAAGUUCCAGGUUUCUGAGAAGACCAAGACUGCAUUGUCAGCUGCUGAGCAGACAGUCAGUAGUGCUGGAUCUGCCAUCAUGAAGAAUCGUUAUGUUUUAACUGGGGCUUCCUGGGUUACUGGUGCUUUCAGCAAGGUUACCAAGGCAGCAGGGGAAGUGGGGCAGAUGACAAAGGAAAAGGUUUUAGCCGAGGAAGAACGGGGUAAAAAAGUGGAAGGCUCUGCUCAGACCCGUGAGUCUGAAUCUCCAAAAGCUGCUGCUAGUGAGCAACCCUCCAAGCCUGCACCAGCACAGGGAUUAAUCCUCUGAAUCUCUAAAACCAGCGUAAAUAUUUGCACAGAAUGUGUAGUCCUUGCCGUGUAAUAGCAUAGCGGUGCUUUUCUAUUAGUUUCUAUUACUGUAGAAUGUGUUCUGAUGGAAUAUGUUGGAUAUGUUAUGCAUGUAUUCAAAAUGAAAGACACCAGUUACUUUUGUAUUAGCAUUCAUUGUGUUUACUCUUUGACGUGUUAGUUGCACAAAGAGAGUAAGCAGUUGAGAUUAAAAAAUGUUGUAGUGAAAAGUUGAUGUGGCAAUUGCCUCCUUAGAGAGUAAGCACUCACUUGGGAGUGCGAGAGUAAGAGUUUGUGUAACAUUUCUUUUUUAUUUUUACACACUUCUUUUAAUACAAGAGUAUUAAUGAUAUUCUUCA